AUGUCGACAAGACCCGAGCAAGUUGAGGAGAAACAACCACCGUCUCCCCAGCAGUGGCAGAAGCAGCAGGAGGGGAAUGAGGCGGCGGUAGGAGAAGCGUCCGGUCGUGGUACGGGUGGUGAUGUUGUUGUGGAGGAGAACUUUAGUGCGCCUCUGCCGCAGGAACAGCAGGAUGUGGGACAGGUGGAGCAAGGGCAACCGCAGGAUGCAUCACAAGAGCAAGAGGAACAAGUGGUUCAUAGAGCAGCAGCAGAAGAAGAAGAAGCAAGGGACCUGCCGGGAGUUGUAGAAAUUGAAGACAACAAUGUGACAGAAGUGGGAUUGACAGUGGGCGCCCAGGCCUUGCUGCCAGCCCAUGUGUGGAGUGGCAGCGCAAAGGAAGCGGACGACGACACUCAGAGCGCUGCCACCGAUCACCAGUUACAAUUAAACAACACUCUACCACCGUUAGCCCCCGUGGCAGUGGCUGAGAAAGGAGAAGUAUAUCCGCUUAAAACACGGGGUGGGGUGGACCAAAAGUCCAGUGUAGGGCACCGUGAAGGCCCAGCGGGACGAAAGUAUUAUUCGUCUGGUAAUUCUGCGCCACGCGGUAUUGUGGCUGGUAUGACACCCGGGGAAGAGUACAUGAUGUUCCGGGCGCGCAAUGGCGUUUCCUCCAACUACAAAGGACCCGUCUUUGCUGUGGAGGACAUCCAUGUAAUGUGCGCAGGGUGUGGUGCCCCUGUAGAUCCUAUUACGCGUGUUCCGGCUGGAAAACUGUUUUUUCAUCCGCAGUGUAUCAGUUGCAAGUUGUGUGGUCACGUCAAUAUUGCGGAUGCCUACUUUCAGGCCACGAGUAACGGUGCCGUCUGCUCUGAAUGUGCCUCAAAGGGCCUUGCAAAGUGGGUGCUGCGAGAAGGUGCUGCGGCGCGUGGGAUUGUCCCAGGCGCCGUCACCGGCAGCCUUGGCGAAGCCGUUAAACUCUACGACCUCAAGCACAAAUUGCACCCGACUAAUCACUCCACUGUAGCGGGAGCUGUUCCGCCCACACUCGUGGUGGGAUGUACUACUGACCGUCGCAGCCAAACCCAGAAGGCCUUCUCGCUGAUUCAACGUCAACAGUACUACACACAGAAUGACAACAACAUCAUUUGCCUGCCGCCGGCGUCGCCGAAGGGGCGCUCGCGGACAUCGAGCAUGAGCCGGCGGCAGGGAAGGAGAGAGGACAUGCCAAAGCUGAUGUAA